GUGCGUGCGUGGGUGUGUGUUCAUGUUUGUAUAUCCCGGUGGGGACCUAAACCUGAACGCACACCAACACAUGGGGACUCGUGUCACCGUGGGGACCAAAAUUGAGGUCCCCAUGGGCAAAAAAGCUAAUAAAUUGUACAGAACAAUAUUUUUAAAAAAUCUAAAAAUGCAAAAUGUGUUCUACGAUCUUUAGGUUUAGGGGUAGGGUUAGGGGAUAGAAUAUACAGUUUGUACAGUAUAAAAAACAUUACGCCUAUGGACUGUCCCCACGGAGAUAGUAAACCAGACAUGUGUGUGUGCGCGUGUACGUGCGCGCGCUCCUAAAAUGAAAUUGUUUCGCUUAAGCCUUGAUUGAAUAAUAAGCCAAGGAAUUUAGGGGCUCUAACUCAAGUAAAAAACAUUAAAAGCUGAUCAGCAAACUUGCUAAUUCAAACUCGCUGUCUUUCUGUCUUUCUCCAGCACAGACAUACGCAUAAAAAGCCUUUACAAUCGUAUGAAUGUGAGUCGGGGUUUGUGGGUGGUGGUGGGGGGCAAAGACACCUUUUAUGCUCUCCCUCUCAUAGCGUCCAAUAGCGCCCAUAUUGGGCAGCUUCAUCAAAGUUAUCGUGUCUUGAGGUUGGCCCCAAGAAUUUAACUGGAUCCCUUUCAGGCACAGUUGGUUUUGUCCCGCUCGUUCUGAACUGAAACGCAGCCAGGCGCGCUAUGGUGACAACACGCACCAAAAUUAAGACUCCCGAAAAGAAAAAACGCAUUACACGGUGGCAAACUUUCUCCGUGCCAAGGAAGCACAAACCAUUAUGCGCCCGACUCCCCAAGGCACUGGAACAAUCCCAGUGCUUAGCGCCUCUGUUCUCAUGCGGCACUGCACAGGUUCUGAGUCAUGACGUAUUUACUGACAACGCCGUGCGAGUUUUCGCACGAGCACACCAGCAGCUCUGUAAUGUACUUCUUGGUCAGAUAAACCUCCCCUUGCACCUCUGCCACUGCGCCUAUUAGUUCUUUUCUCUGGGUCAUCGAAACAUUCGGACCUAUUAUUUGGGGGUGCGCAAAUAAAUUGGACAAUUCACCUCUCCUAUUAAGUUUGGAAAAGUUUUCCUCCUGAACGUUCAACCUUACAGGAUGAGGCGACCGCGUAACCGACAGCUGGGGCUCCUGUCGUUUCUGGGAUGCUUGGCUUGCUUAACAGUCGGUCACUCUCGCGCAGACGUCUCCUCAAUAGGACAUGUGUUCUUUCUGGAUUUGGAGAAUGGUUCAAAAGGUGGACAAGAGGCAGGGUUCGAGGCAGCAGCUAAUGCCUGUAUCGCUCAAGGGGCCCAGGUGGCAUCGGGGGCGGACCUGCAUCAUGCAGUGUUGGAAUGUGCCUUCUCAGCCUGCUCGCGUGGUUGGCUUUCUGGUCCAGGCAUAGGGACCACAGUGUGCAGUAGUGUCCAGGGGACUCUGCGGCCAGUUGACGUCCAGUUGGAGAAUGUAACCAGGGACAUUGAACGACUGGGCGUGUUCUGUGUGAAAGAUAGCGAUGCUCCAUGUGGACAACCACCUUCAUUUCCAAAUUCACAUCUGCAGGGGAAAACUGGGUUAGACCUGGGUGAUGAACUCCUGUAUGCCUGUAACCAAGAAUACAAACUGCCCGAUGGACAGACAGCAUUCAGCCUGUUUUGUGAUAGCUGUGGAGAAUGGUACGGCCUGGUGCAACAUUGUCUCAAAGAUGAUCCUAAAGGCCACAUCGACUACGAGGAUAAGUUCACCGAUGGCCAUCUCUUUGAGAAUCCAAGGGAGGUGCAUCAAGUUUCCUUCACUCCAGGAGGAACCAUUGAUCAUGAAAUAGAUGAACCCAGUUCUGAGCCAGAACGUGAGCCGACUGUCAUGUCGGAGGCAAAUGAAGACGAUACAGUUUUAGCAACCAAACCUCCAGUGUCUCAGCUCAGUCAGAAACACAUGUUUUGGUUUCCUUCAGAGGCCUUCCAGGACCGAGAGGAGCAUCCACAUAUAACCACAGACUCCUCUGUUAAAAUCCCUGUUGAAGACCAGAGUCACAUGACCGACAAAAUUUCCCACCAAUCAGAAGUGAUCACAGAGGAAUAUGACUCUGUUUAUGAUCACGCGACAGAUUCACCUACUGAAGAACCUACCAGUCCCAGUGUUGGAAGCACAGAGGAUUCCUGGCUAGACGGAUACCCUGUUUCCCAAGGGGGAGAUAAAGGGGGUCUGUCCACAGGGAAGGCGGAGCUGGAACACGGAGUAGAUGUGGAAACUGUCACUGGGCGCACAGACCUUGAGGUGUUUGAGGAUGCAACAAAAAGCUCUGUGGAGACUGGGGGUUUGAUUGACAGCUCAGUGGAGGAACACAUUGAAGUAACCAACCAUCCUGAGGACGUGAAGUAUGAGGUAGUCAUUCACGUGAAAGGAGAAGAUAACGUUGGAGGAGGGACAACCAGAGAUGAAAAGCCUGUUGGAGUGAAGGAUGAUCCAGUGGUAACCUAUUCUGAGGAAUUUACAGAAGAUGAACUGGAGAAAAAGACACCAAAGGUACCAACGAAAACAGAAUCUGAGGCAGAGCUGGAGUGGGAUGAUGUUACUGGGACGCCCAAUGCUGUGUACAUGAAACCUACCACUUUUGUUACUCUUACAACAACAAGCGCAGAUGAUGUUGCGUUACACAAGCGGCCCAUGAUGUACACACCAUCUUACGCUCCAGAAAACGUGAGCACCAGCCAACAGGGGCUGGGCCCCGAGCACAAAGCCACGCCCUCUGGGAUGGUCCAUUUGGACAGUACGCCUGUUUUUACCGACAUGACUACACCUAUCAUGUGGGAAACCAAUGACAAUGAUCACUUCCUAGAGCAUGUUCCUGAUCACGGCACAGCUGAUAUCCCCCAUGUUCAGAGUGAGAUAGAAAGAGAUGGAGAUCUCAGCCCGGACCCCCAGGAAGGAGCUGGGGAGAGUGCUUGUGCAGAAGACCCCUGCCGCGCAUCGGGCCGUGGGCCAAUGGUCGCUGCCAUUAUCGUUGGCAUAGCAGCAGCGGUGGUGGGCGUGGUCUUGGGGGUGUGGUGUUACAAAAAAAGGCAACAAAAGAGCUCCCACUACCAACUCAAUGGAACUAACAGGCAAACGCAGUGUAUUGAAUUACAGCAGACUGUGUAACAGCCACACGCACCCUUGCGAACCCACAGCUUACACGAGCAUCAGUACAAAGCCAUUAAUGUGUGAACAUUGCUGUCCACUUUCACACUAACACAAAGAACGUCCCAGAGCUCACGAAAAUCCAUUGAAUAGGGUGGCGUAAUGCUAGUUUAGGUAAAUUCGUCCGGUUUUCUUGGUCUUUAUAUUUUUUGUAUUGUGUUGUUGAUGAAUUGUCACGGAUUUACACUUUUAAUACGUUGGUUUAUUUUUAACCAGGGGAUGAAUCCAACUGUUGGGUUAACUUAACCUAAGAAAUCUCCAUAUUUGACUUAACCAUGGGAUGAAACAACCCAGAAUUUGAGUUGUCACAACCAUGUUAAUUUAUAACCCAACUGUUGGUUUUGUCACUAUUUGACCCAAACAUGCGUCGAAAAUAACCCUGUAUUUUUGUGUCUGACUUUUGAUGGACUGCAUUGGCUGGUGCAUGAGUGUGUUUAUAGGUUUUUUAUUUUUAUCUCGUAUAUGUGUGUGAGAGAGAGACAAAGAAAGAAAGAGUGAGUGAAAAGAUUGUGAUUGAACUUAGCAUUCUGUGCAUGCUGUUGAAAGUUUCCCACUCACGGACAGGUGAGACAUUCUUGCCAGAGGAACUGGGGGUGAAUUCUGGUUGGUUUCAGUACAUAUCGGCCCAGAACUUGUAGAAUAAAUAGCUUGCUUCUCUAAAUUUAGAAUACAAUGAGUAUUUGUUUGUCCCCCUAUAAAUAAGUUCACUUUCUUGAGGAUGAGCUGACUGCUGUUAAACGUUUCAAACUCACAAAUAGGUGAGACACUCUGGUGAGAGGAAUUGAGGGUGAAUUCUGAUUGGCUGUCAGCUUAUAUAAGCUUUUAUUCAUUUAAGUAAGUUCAGUUUCUCCUGGUGCUCAUGAAAACAUUGAAAUAUUAUCCGAUUAAGGGAUAUGUGAACAAUUAAGUAAGAAAAGAAAAAUGCCAUAAAUUAAUAUUUUCUUUAUAUUCUUUAUUUUAAUGCCAGUAUUAUAGUUUUUUAUGUUAAGCUUAUUUCUCCGUUUAUAGAAUGUGCUUCCUCGCUUAAGCAAAAAUUAAACAGAACUAUUUUAUUUAGGUUUAUUAUCUGUUCUGUUACUGAAAAGGUGUAUAAUCUAAAAUGUGUCAUUGAUGUUUUAAAACAAAUCUUUUUGCCCCUCAAUGUUGUAUAAAAUUUUCAUUCAUUUAUCACCUCCGGCUACAUGCACUUAUCAGGCAUAUUUAUAUAAUGUGUGUAUUAUAAAUAUAAAUACGUUAUUUUAGAACUAGCGAAUUUAAAUAAAACACUACUAUUGUAAUUGUCACAGAGCCGAUGUCAAAGAAAUAAUGGCACGCUAAUGUUUUUGGUUUAAUGGUUUUGGUUUCUAUUGUGAUUUUAGUUCUCAAGGUGCGGUGAAGUAUAGUGACAGUAUACAAAACAUCAACAGUGUUUUACAUUGUUAAUUGAUUCAAGGAUAAAAGAAUGAGUAGGCUAUGUAGAGUAAAACACUAAGCUUUCUUCCCCAAAUUUGCUGGGUCAUAUGCAAAUAUACUUCAAUGAUUUUUUUUACUUAUACAAAAUCAACAUCUUACUAUAUGUCUGCAUGUUGUUUGUUACCUAGGGUGAAUUCAUUUUUAAGAUCUUUUCAUGGAAUCAUGUUUUCAAGAACUGUACAGCUGAUAUUGUAAUAACUUGUUUUUAUUAUAGAAUAUAAUUUCUAUGAAUCCUUUGUCAUACCUCUCUGUUUAGUAGAGAUGUUAGAAUGACUUAUAAAACAUAUAAAACAGUGAUAGUCCUCUAAAUUAUAUAGCAUUUGCAUCCUGUCUUUGUGCAUCUUAUUUGAAUACAAAGAAUGUUCAAACAUCAGACUUUAGACUUACAAUCUGUAGGUGUUCUGUGCAGGUCGUUGCUUUAAUAUCAAUCUAGAAUUUUUUGUAUGUAAAGAUUUGAGAGCGAAAGAUGCAUACCUUAAAUGAUUGGUCACAUAGUGUGGUUUGUUUGUGGCCAUUGGAUGUUUUAUUUGCUCUUGAUCAUCAUAUUCGCGCUGAUUUUCUGAACUGUAAAUUUUGUUGUGACAUGGAGUUUUCUCUGAAUGAGCGUAUGAAAUCUUUGUGAUGUUUUUUUCCUUUAGAUGUUAAAACUUCUUGGUAAUAUCACACAUUACACUGUAGCGAUGUCUGUUAGAUGUUAUAUGAAGGUAUCUUGACUAAACAAAGUUGUGGAAAACUAACUGAACAUUAACAAAUAAAUUACUCUGGGGGAAGAAAUGUCAGCUUUACUAUUACUUGGUGUCAACAGUGUGGUGGGAGCUAAAACAGGCAAAAAAAAAUUCGACUGCAAACACAUAGUAUUUUAGGUGUCUUCAUAUGUGUGUAGGCCGGUCUGUGAGGCCACUAAACAUAAUUUUACAAGAGAGAGAGAGAGAGAGAGGAGUCAAAAAUGGAUGGCCUGAUUUAUUGCUUCAUGUCUUUUCAUUUCUGACAGAAAAACUAAAGGCUCAGUAUCACUCCUGCAUACAAACACUCACACAGCGGGAGAACAGAGGCUUGUUUAAAUGUGUUUGAACAUGGAGUAUCUGUGCAGUUUAUCACACCAGAGUAGGAAAAACCCACAGAGAAAAGGGUGGUGGUGGGAGGGGAGUUCUGGAGGUGGAGGGAAGUUGGAUAAAAAGUAUGUGUUUCCACAUUCGCUCUUAAAAUGUAAACAUGUUUUGCAUAAGAUACAGUGUUUAGUUUUUUUACUAUUACAUUUAGUCAACAUGUUUCAAACUUACUGAUGAGUUUUAUGUGUUUGAAAAAUAAGUUUGACAAUCCCAUUUAUCCCAUUAUGAUUUUUUUGUUUGGUCUUUAUCCACAUUAUUUAUUUACUUAAAGUAAUAAUCAAUCAUUGGA